ACCCAUCAAUAACAAAUUAACGUUUUCCCCUCGUAUAUACAGCACUCAUCAAAACUAAUUUCCGAACCAGUUUUGGAAAAAGAGUAAAUUUGAACGCGACCGCUUGACAGUUCGUCACUGAACGCCGACCCGGUCGUUUCAUUGGUGUCCCGUGCAACUCGGUUAAUUUUCAGAUCGGCGUUUUCCAGCCCAGUUUCGUGGAAAUCGUGGAAAACAUUGCGGAAAGAUGUCUUCGUCGCAAGGCGUGAAAGGUUUCUACCGGGGCAAGGACGUCUUCAUAACCGGAGCGUCCGGAUUUUUGGGCCUGACCUUACUGGAAAAACUGCUGAGGACUAUUCCGGACCAUGGCACCAUUUAUUUGCUUCUGCGUCCGAAAAAAGGCAAAGAAAUCCACGAACGUUUGGACGACAUCAAAAAGAACAAGAUCUUUGAACCUUUACUGAAGGACAAAACCGUCGAGUCGGUGUUUGCCAACGUGAAAGCUGUGGCAGGAGAUGUGGGACAAGAAAACUUGGGGCUGUCCCCCGCCGACCGUCAACUAUUAACAGCCAACGUCAACGUGAUCUUCCACUCGGCGGCCACGUUGGACUUCGGCGAAAACCUCCGCUCCACCGUCAACAUAAAUCUGCUGGGAACCAGACGCGUCACCCAAUUAGCCAAAGACUGCACCAAACUUCAGGUGCUCGUGCACGUAAGCAGCGCCUACGUGAACUCGUGGCGUCUGGAGGCAGAAGAGGUCAUCUACCCAUUGACCUACAAUCCCGACGAACUGAUCAAGCUGGUGGAGAACAUCAACGAUGAGGAACUUGACGCCAAGACGCCGAGCAUCCUCGGUGAGCACCCUAACACCUACACCAUCACCAAACACAUGGCGGAGCACGAGAUACAGAAGAUCGAGGAACAAGUGCCGUGCACCAUUGUUCGGCCCAGCAUGAUCUUGGGAGUUUGGAAGGACCCAAUACCUGGCUGGACUAUCAGUAAAAAUGGACCUCCUGGUUUCUUCAUGGGAGCUGCCAAGGGUGUUGUCCGCCGUUUGCCGGUUGCCAAAGAUUUAAUUUACGACUAUGUUCCCGUUGACAUCGUUGUAAACACGCUUAUUGUCGCCGGAUUUCAUGCAGCUGUCUCUGAAGCAAAGAAGGUAGAAAUCUAUCAGGCAACCUCAAGCACAAGAAACCCAUUCUGUUGGGCAUCAGUGGAGGACAGAGUGAACGACAUGUUGCACGAGUUCCCGGUGAAAUCAGCCGUUUGGUACCCCUAUUUGAAACUGUUGCCUUCGGUCGGUUGGUUCAAGAUUUCCGCAUUCUUCGUCCACUUCCUCCCCGCCUUAAUACUGGAUAGGAUUCUGAGCCUGACCGGUGGUAGACCGAUUUUGGUACGCCUACACAGGAACAUAAACACAUCGUUGGACAGGUUGGCCAAGUUCAUCUUCACCGAAUGGAAGUUCCCGGCCGUCAACACGCAAAAAUUACAAAAAUGGUUGAACGAACAGGAUCAGAACGAUUUUAACGUCGACCUGACGCAGCUGAAGUGGCCGGAGUUCUUCACGCAGAUGGUCAAAGGGGCGAGGAUUUAUCUUAACAACGAACCAAUGAAAAAUCUGGCUGCAGCCAAGACCAAAGAUAAAAUAUUGUUGGUGGUCCACUACAUAACGCAGGCGUUGAUUUUCUCCCUGAUCUGGUACAUUUUUGCCCUGAUCUUGAAUUUGAGCAUGUCCAAAGCUGCCUUCGUCGUACCCAUCACUUACGUGUUGUUCUCAUUGUUGUAAACAUGCACUGUGUAUUAUGUUAUAUGUUAUUUAUACGGUGAAUGAUAUUGUAGAUCUAAUACUUUAAAGUAUUAAUAUUUUUGUUAGUAUUAUUCUUAUACAAUAAAUAUUUUAUUGUAAUACUUUUGGAACAAAGAGUUUAUUCAUUAUUUUACUAAUGUUUGUAGUUUUAAAUAAAAAUAUACAAAUAAAAUCA